AUGCAGCGACCGCAAUCGCAGAGCCAUCCACGACGUCCGCACCAGCGCACCAGCCAAGAUUCUUCCAAAUAUAACCGCUGCUGGGACUGGAUUGUCGUUGACGGCAAUUGCCACUACGCCAAAAACCGCUCCACCUUCCGCUCCUACCGACGCGCACCAGGGCGGAUCGGCCGGUCGCGCGUCCUGGGCAUCGGUACAGUCGAGCUGGAGGUUCAGCGUGCGCCUCGUGAUCCCCGUUCCAACAAGCUUGUCCUCGAGGAUGUAUGGCACAUGCCAGAUGCGCGGUGUAACGGGUUGAGCGCUCCCACGUACAAGGCGGCAAAUCCGCCCUUGUCGGUUGAGACACAGGGGGAGCAUUGCCAGGCGAAAAAGGAGGAAGAUGGUGAGGCGCAAUGGUUUGGGGAUCCGUACUGUGGCUUGUCGAGGGUAGUGCUGGCGGGCAACCCAGAGGGAGACUCAUAUCUUCGGGAUGGUCAGGGUCAUAUGCUGGACGUCAGCGCCACACCAGAGGAACUGAGUAAGCUGCAUAGCCGAGUUCGACAGUGGUGA